UGGGGCAAUUAAAUAGUUCCCUGCCGAAGGAUUUGGAGAAGAGACAGAAAACCCCGCUUGAUAAAACUUUAAAAUAUUCACAGAAGUCUGGGAUUUGUUUAUUUAUUCUACCUGGUGUUUUUUUUUAGAUGAGAAUGAGUUGAAUUCGGUGUUUUCGCGGCGGAGUGAUAUGAAGUUGCUGCGCUCCAGUGUGGGAGGAGCGGAAUUUGAAUGUUUUCUCCGAGCUGCUGGGGGAGGAACGGAUUACAGGUGUCGCCCCAUGGAGUUCCCUGACGGAGCAGCUCUCGCGCAGUCGUCAUGGUUACCUGUAGACUGCAGGUCGGGGGGUAUUGAGGUGCAGGCUGACGUUCACCCCGAGGAUGAGCUCCCGAAGCAGCAGGUUCCGGGCUGUCUGUCUGAAGCGGGUCGGAGCUGGGAGAUGAAGGAGAACGGGCCGAGCCCCCCCGCCCAGCUCCAGAACCCCCCGGCCCCGAGGAGGAGGAAGGGGAGGGGGGGCCUCCUGCCGCUGGACCCGGUGCCCGCGGAGCAGCUUUCAGCAGGAGAGAAUGGACAGAACUCCGGAGACAUUCCCGACUCCUCCUCUCUCUCUCCGAGUCGGAUCGCCCGUCUUGAUCCCACUUUCCCGAGGCUGCCGGAGGGCCUGUUCCAGCCGCUCCCCCCCAUCGACUUCGCGGAGGUGACCUCGGCUGACCUGGGCAUCGCUGCCCAGAGCUUCACCCCCCGACAGGAAGUGAAAGAUAAGGCUCUUCUGAAAGCCCGGCGCCGGUCCACGAUAGGGACCAGGGGCUCCCCCGAGACCAACUACCUCAUCAGACACAUCGCCAGACAGAGACUCCUCUCCAAGCCCAGCCCAGUCCCAAAGCUCAGCCCUUUCCCCUCUUGCUCCUCAGCCCUGAAACACAAGAUGGCUGCCUUCAGGAAUUCUCUUUACGUUGUGGACGAGAACAAAGCUCUGAACCCCUUCGCUGGAGCCCCGACCCCCAGUGGGAACGCAGAGGCCUGGACGAGGGUUCGAGAGGAGCGGCCGCACAGCGAGCCUCCGUCCAAGAGAAAGAAAGGGGGGCUCCUGCUAGAUCUGGAACCCUCGGCCGAGGGGGAGCAGCUCUGUGAGAAUACAGGAACCCCCGCACUGCUGCUGCUCAAGAGAGAGGGGGCGCUGUUUACAUCAGGGGUCCCCGGAAUCACAGAGCAGCAGGAGGAGGAGGAGGAGAAGCCCUGGGAGACGGAGGGUGAGGGAAUGUGUGCUGGGGGGGGGAUCCCCUUCCCUGACCUGGGUGACGAGACCGAACCUCUGCGGACAGAGGCUCCUCUCCUGCCCGCCUGCACUCUUCAGACUCCGAGCUGCACCGGGGAGCCCAAGAGGGUUCGGUUCGGAUCCGCACUGCACCCCGAGCUGUUUGAUCAGACCCUGCCCCCCUCGACCCCGCUGUGGAGGGGGGAGAGCCCAGGCUCCCUGCUCAAGAGCACUCCCUGCAGAGCAGAGCAGUAUUUGACUGACGGACACCCGGACGGCUGCAGCCUGCCGCAGUCUCCCGAGAGAGGCAGUGACUCCGUUCUGCUCCCUGACCCGUCUGUGGAGUCCGACGCAGCUGCUGCAGUAGAGGGUCCAGCCCAGCCUCCUCCCACAGACGCUGCCCCAGGGGGGGCGAGAACGCCGGGGAGGAAGAGGGUUCGGUUCGGGGGGCUGCUGAGCCCCGAGCUGUUCGACCGCACUCUGCCCCCCAACACCCCGCUGUGCAGAGGGCAGACCCCCGCGUGCCUGACCCCCUCCGCGGGCUCCCGGCCCCGCUCCGUGCUCAAGAAGACCCCCCUGAAAUCGGAAGGGCCCCCCCCGCAGCCAGACUUCGACAGCCCCAGGGAUUGUGUGACAGUGAUCCGCUGUCCUGACGCUGGAACCCUGGACGAGACGCGCGUCGAAUUCCACCUCCAGCUUCCAGCAGAACAUCCAGGGGUACAGCCUGCCACCCCCGUCGUGCCCGUCUCUGAGGAGGGACCCCCAGAAUCUCAGCCCCCCAUCGCAGAGCAGGACUGCGAGAUUCUGAGAAACUCGCCCCAGGCUCGUCCCGGGAUGGAGAGCGUGCGGAGAUCCGGGAGAAAGAGGAAGCAGAGUGAGCCGGAGCAGCCCUGUCCCGUCAGGAAGGAGCCCCGAGCGAAGAGGAGGGGCGCAACGGGAGCCUCCGCUCCCAGGAAACUGGAGGUGGUGCGAGGGAAGGGGCGCCGGGGCAGGCGAGGGGGGAAGCCCGUGGACCGCUCCCUGUACGUGGGGAGAGACUACGCCUCCAAGCCCCCGGCUCUCAGCCCCAUCACCGAGGACCUGCAUUCUGCAGCCUGCACCCCGGCCACUCCCACACACCAGGGGGCGCUGCAGGGACUCGCAGAAGAAGAGGCAGCGACGGGAAGCCAGCGUGACCCCGAGAACGAAGAGAACGUCCCACCCAGCUCCCCCGUCCUCGUGAAGAGAAGGAAGCCGGCCCCGAAGAGGGGGGAGGGGGACCCCAACACUGCUGCACCUCUGGAGACGACGGCAACCAGCCCCGAGGUUAUUCUCCAGGCACAGGAGACCGUGCACCCCCCCGCUGCCCGGGGAGGGGAGAGCAGCCCCCCCACUAGGAACGGACUGGAUCCUAAACAGGGCUGUGGGAGCGAGGGGGGAGGAGCAGAGAUCGGAAAGCCAGCGGUGAGGAGGGGCAGACGCAGCGCUGGGGUGAAGAAGCCACUGGCUCUCUCGGAGAACGGGCAGCCAGGCACAGCGGCGAGCGGCAGUCUGCAGGGGGAGGUGCUGGAGACUGCAGAGCCCAGAGAGGAGGAGCGGGAGGGAGAACGAGCCUCCAGCAGCCCAGCCCGGGGCAGGAAGAGUGUGGGGGGGGCCCGGAGAGGCCGGCGCAGUGCUGUCUGGCAGCCAGAGGGACACUGCCACCGGCCCACACAGGACUCCACACCCCAGGAGCACACCCUGGCGCCCGGCCUCUCUGACUUCUCAAUCGAGGACGUCCUCGCUGCGCCCCACCCCUCCCUCGCAGUGAGGCGCAGCAUGAGGAACCGGCGUGACUCGGGGGCCACGGGCCUGGGCUGGGUCCCCAAGGGCUCCCCCUCUCCCAGCACCGUGCUCAAGAGGAGGGGGAGGAGGCGCAGCAGUUUCGGGGUCCCCCUGCGGACAGAGUGCAGCCUGGAGCAGACAGGAUCCCCAGGAGAGGGGGGGUGCAACACAGCUGUGUGAUGUUGCUGCCGCCUUUUUUUUUUUGUGGGUGUGUGUGUGUGUGUGUGGGGGGGGGGGGUGAAGUGCGGCGGGUGACCAAAUAAUUAUUUGAGAAUUUGCAAGAGAAUCUGGGGUCGAUUUUUAUCUAGAAAACCCUCCCCCCUCCUCAUUUCAUGGUGUCUAAUUUUCAGACCCGUUUUUAGAUUCGAUUUAGAUUGUGAAAUGGCUCCAGCAAAGCCAGUUCCUCAAUGUCAUGGAUUCACAUCUUGUUACAUUUUUAGUCCCCUCCCAUUCCAUUCUGAAAGAGACACAAACUAUUUUUUAUUUUUUAUAUAUUUUAAAAAUAGAAUCACUUUGUAUUUUAUUCGUUUUUUUGAUUUAUUAAAAUUCUAUUUUGAAAAAAAAAAUAGUUGUGUUUUUGUAUUGUAAACUUGGCCCACCGUUUCCCUUAACCCAUCAUAUUCCCCUCAUUCAAGAAACACAAACAGAAGUCUGAGAAUCCAGAUUCAAAAGUUCAUUUCCUUUAGGAUGUGAAGUCGGUCCUCUGCAGCGUCAAUGAAGAGGUGGAGUCACUACCACCUCUCUCCACCAGAGGGUGCGGUGGAGUUGGGAAAGUAGACGUACUGUCCUGUCAUUUAUUACAGCGCCGCUUUGGAUAUUUCACUUCAUAUGUUGACAAUUGUAAAGUCCUAUAUUAUCAUGAUUUAAGUAGG